AUGUUCUCCAUCGCGCUGCGCACGCCCAGCAAACGAUGCAGAUUAGCUGAGUCGCUGACGACGAGGACCCUUGGUGGUGCCUCCUGCUCCUCGCCUCGUCGCGCCUCGCAGCAGCGCCGCUGGGCGAGCAACCCGACAUGGAGGCCGGUAUCGGUCUUGGACAACUGGGUUGCCCGAGAGGCUCGGCCCAUCAGCCUGCGACAGCUCAUGGUGUUCGGUAGGUCCUUGACCGAGUCGCGCAUCAUCAGCUCCGCCAACUACGUCCGCACCGAACUGCCCGUGAGGUACUCACCCGUCCCAUGCAUCGACUCGUACGCGAUUCCGCCGCCCGCGCUGACACGGCUCCGUAGGAUCGCCCAUCGUCUGCGGGACAUGCAGCAGCUUCCUUACGUCGUCGUCACGAACCCGCACAUAAACGAUGUCUACAACCUAUACUACGACGCCUUCGACUGCCUCCGCAAGCUCAAGGAGGUCAAGUCGCUUGAGGACAACGACCGGCUGUGCGAUGUCAUUGCUCAGAACCUGAAGAGCCACCUGACGGUCAUACCAAAGCUGGCCAUGGGAAUUCUCGAGUGCGGUGGCCUGAUGGAUUCGGCGGAGCUCGACAAGUUCAUGAACACCAUUCUUCGAUCCCGUAUCUCCCGCCGCGUCAUCGCUGAGCAGCACCUGUCCCUCACGGAGACGUACAACUCAUCUUGCUUCUCGCCGACGGCCAAGCUCUCCGAGUCGGACUUUAUCGGCGAAGUCUUCAUCAAAUGCUCCGCCAAGGAUGUCAUUGAUCGCUGCUCCAGGGCCGUCACCGCCCUCGCUCGCUCCACGAAUGGACCCGACGUCCUGAUACCUGACGUCAACGUCAUCGGCCACCUCAACGCCAGCUUCCCCUACAUUCUCAGCCACAUCGAGUACAUCGUCGGCGAGCUCCUCCGGAACUCGGUCCAAGCGGUCAUCGAUCGUUGGCAAAAGUCUGCCGAACCGUCCUCGCCCCCGCCGCCCAUCGAGGUCACCAUAUGUGAAGCUCAGGAGCACGUCAUCUUCCGCAUCUCGGACCGAGGCGGCGGCAUUCCCCACAAUGAACUUCCCUACCUGUGGUCCUUCAGCAAAGGUCCGCAGAGCCAAAAUCUCCUCGAGAACCUCGGACAGGUGCCUCGCAUGGCCGCCACCUUGCAGGAGCUCCACGCCGACGACGACGCCGCCCGGGCCGACGUCCAAACACCACCUACCUACCAGUGCUCUCUCUCGUCACUCACGAGCCGACCGCCAAACUUGCGGCUCGGCAUCGGCCUUCCCCUGAGCCGCGUGUACGCCGAGUACUGGGCGGGCAGCCUGAACCUGCAUAGCCUCGAGGGCUACGGCGUCGAUGCCUUCCUGCAGAUAUCAAGGCUGGGCAACAAGAAUGAGCAGCUCACGACGCGAGCUAGCAUAGACGCCGUUUGA